GCGGCUAUCGAGCCCGCAAACGGGCCGCUGCCACCGCGAGCCACACACGCGAUGCAUGCGGGCACCUAGCGGAUACACGCGCGCGGGCCUCAUGGGCACCGUGCUGAGCUUCAGCCCGCGAGAGCGGCGACCGCCCGCAGCCGCUCCACCGCCCGAUCGCGCCGCGCUCGCUUAUUCCUACGAACGACUCAACAACGCUAAGAACAGAGAGAACCGCGAUGAGCGUACACGGGACGAGCGUCGCGCCACCCUCGACGAUGCCGCCAAGAUUAUCUCAGAAAAAACCGCCCUCGAGAAAAACCUCAAGAAGCAUUCGUUGUUUAUCAACGCGCUAUCAUGGAAGAGGUUCUCAACCGCCAAUAAUAAUAAGAAAAAGUUAGAAUGCAAGAGCAAGAGCGUUUCGACGUUCCGGGCGCCUCUCACAGACAAUGCCCCACUCGAUAGGAACAAGAACGUCAGCGUCGGUGGUGCGAUAUACGCGCGGGCACCGGUGGCACCUCUUCCACCACCGCCGACGGAGGUAGCGCGCACUAAUGCGCUAAAUAACAAUGUGUGCUACGCGGAGAAGCUACCUACGACAGCAGUGGGGACGGCCCCGGUGCCGGCGCCGAGGAAGACGGUGAUACAAGCAUCGACAUCGGAGCUGCUCAAGUGCCUGGGCAUGUUCCUGCAUGCGCGGUGCCACCGCCUGCGCGACUUCCAGGCUGGCGACGCCGUGAUGUGGCUGCGAACUGUCGACCGAUCAUUGCUCCUGCAAGGUUGGCAGGACGUGGCGUUUAUAAAUCCAGCUAAUGUGGUCUUCGUGUACAUGCUUGUUCGUGAGCUGGUCGACGGGGAGCGGAUAGCCCGUCCACAAGAGCUGCAGGCCGUGGUUCUCACCUGCCUGUACCUCUCCUACUCUUACAUGGGUAACGAAAUUUCCUACCCCCUCAAGCCCUUCUUGGUAGAGGACUCAAAGGACAAAUUCUGGGAUCGUUGCCUUCUCAUCGUCGACAGACUCUCAUUUAACAUGUUAAGAAUUAACUCCGAGCCUGGUUUCUUCACUGAGGUGUUCACAGAGCUGAAGGCGUGUGGCGCUGUGGAUAGCCCCCCGCCGGCCCCUCCACACCCCGCCCCCGCCCCCCCACACGCUAUGACAGCUGCCUGACAUACAGAGGUUGCUGUGCUCAGGCUAGCACUAACAGACCGCCCAAGUCGUGUUUGAUGUCGGCUUUUUACUACAGAAGCUCUUGGUCAAUCGUCGAUUGUAAAGUGGACGACUAAUCACACGUAUAGAUAAUUUAUAACAGAAUUGAAUAUAAAUUAAUAUUGUAUAACCUCGUGUGAUCGAUGUAUGCAAGGCUUGUAUUAGACAAAAUUAAAUUUCUUUAGAUUCCUUUAACUAAAUUCCAAGGAAAUAAAGCCUUAUUUAUAUCAUAAAUGUUAAAAUAUAAACGAUCAAUUGCUAAGCAUUUAACGUUUUCAUAUGAUUGACCGAGAUUUUCUAAUGAAAGUAGUAUAAAACAAAAUGGCGGUUACUAUAACAGAUCUAGACGAAAGCAUAAUAUUCAAAAGAUUUUAAAAUGUGAUAAUAGCAGAAAAAUGCAAUUAUUAAGAUCAUUUUAAAGAAAAUCGUGAAAUGUCACGAUUCAUAUAACACAUUACUGAUGCAGUCCCGGUUUAUAACUUAUAGAACUGUUUCACUUAAAAUAAAAAAGCAACUUUACCUCAUUUUGUUUAGUUAGAAACAGUUCUAUAAAUAACAGCCAAUCCAAACACUUGAUUAAAAACAUCAAUAAUUUCCAAUUUGACUUUCGAACGUAACGGUAAGAGAAUAUAAAAUGGCUACCCUCUCGUCGUACGUUUAGAAACAAUUGAAACGAUAGAACAUUAAUACGUUCACUUGUGAGCUCUUCACACUGAAUAGUAAAACUGUACUUUCUAUGUCUGUAUUAUGGUAGGUAAUUGUCUGAUAAUCUUAUUUUCCAAGCUGCUCACUCAUAGCGGCGUUCUAGUCCAAUAGCGCAGCGUUAGAUAGUAAGUUAAGAGUUUCGUAAUGUAGCGAAUGAUUGUAUUGCCAUAUAGUUAGAUGAUAUUAGCGAAAUGUCUGGCAGGCGGGAGGAUGCAAUAAUGCGGGAACACCGUCGUGAUUUACCGGGAAACCCUUCUAAAAUGUGUACGUACGUAUGGCCGGCUCAAAGCGGAAUGACCUAUUAAGGCAAUGAAAUAUAUUGUAUUUAAAAAAAUAGGUGAAAUUUUGCGAAUGAUUAAGCGUUUUGUACAGUAAUAACGAUUAAAUAUAUUAAGUCCUAAAUAAUAGUCUAGUUUAGAAAAAUGGCAGGUAUUAAAUACGCCUGAAGUGACACUCGGUCUAAAUAACUGAACUUCAUGUAGCUUAAUACUUGAAAUAAGAUACUUAUGAGCUCAGACUUGUAAUAUUGAUGUCAUAGUUACACUAUAAUGAUAAAAAUGUAUACCUUAAGAUAUUGUUCUUGAAUUUAUCGCACUUAAUAAAUAUUUACCAAAUCGUUUGUUUUAAAGGUUAUUAAUAAAUAAAAAUAAUUUAUAGGGCGUGGCAUUUCCAAAUUAUGAGGAUUAUUAUAUUAAUACGAUUUGUAAAUUAUGAG